CCAUGACAGUCCCGCUGCUCUCUAAAGAGAAGAUAUUCUGUUUCCUGCGUUCGAGACGCGUGUUUACAAAGUAGCCCCCGCAUGCGCGUGCGCGGCACGGCCGAGACCCGCACGCGGCAGCAGCAGCGCUGUCAGCAUGCUGCUGUCGCAACUGCCGGAAGAUGUUCUCUAUCACAUCUUGUCUUAUUUGGACUAUAAAUCCCUCACUCGCCUCUCUCAAGUUUGUAAAACCACUUACCUCUUAGUGAACCGGGACGCGGUGUGGAGGAAGAUUGCCAAAGAGUUUUUAAACACCGGAAUCACUCGGAACGGGACGGACAUAUACCCUUCCAUCCCGCUGAAGGAGAGGGUGAAGAUCGCUCAAAACUGGUACGACGGAGUCUGCAAAAGAGCAAUUAAUCUCAAAUGGAAAACAAAACUGUUGCCGUGGUUGCAGCUGGACGGGAACGUCCUGUUUCUGUCUCAGGCUGCCGAUAUCGGAGCGUACCGUCUGGGCACAGACUCCGGGAAGCUGCAACGUAAAUCGCUUGAAAUGUACUCGGGUCACACGGGCGAUGUCUGCCGCUUCGUCCUGACGGACUCUCACCUGAUCAGCGGCGGAAGUGAUGGCAAGAUCCUGGUUCACAGCAGGAGGCGGGACAUGUCGAUAGAGUUGUCGGGUCACAACCAGGAAGUCAACUGCCUGGACUCUAAAGGUGGACUCAUCGUCAGUGGAUCCAGGGACCGAACAACCCGGAUUUGGACUCUGACCUCCACCGGCCCCAGAGACACCAUUCCCAUGUAUGACAGAGUGUGGUCUGUUGCUAUUAGUCCCACAUUGAGAUCCUUUGUAACAGGCACUGCAUGCUGCGAGAACCUCUCCCCUCUUCGCGUCUGGGACGUUGAACGGUCGAAGUCUGUAUGCAGUCUGGGCUUUGAGUUUCGCCGCGGGGCCGGUGUGUUGGACAUGGUGUUUGAGUCUCCUUUCCAGCUCUUCACCUGCGGCUACGAUACCUUCAUCCGACUGUGGGACCUCCGACUCCCACGGAAGUGUGUGAUGGAAUGGGAGGAGCCUGAUGACAGCGCGCUCUACUGCAUCCAGACGGACGGGAAUCACAUGAUAGCCAGCGGCUCCUCUUACUACGGCGUCGUGCGACUCUGGGACAAGCGGCAGACCAAAUGCCUGCAGUUCUUCCAGCUGAGCGUACACCCGGUGAGCAGCCCGGUGUACUGCCUGAGGUUCAGCAGCUCUCACCUGCACGCAGCCCUGGCCACCUCCCUGCACUCACUGGACUUCAGAAAGAACCCCAUCCGCACCUCCCUGCGCUCACUGGACUUCGGAAAGAACCCCAUCCGCAUCAGAUGAUACGCACAAACACACACUGUUCAAAUUCAUUUAUUUAAUAAAGCUGUCUAUUUUCGCGCAUAAUA